CGCCUAGCCCGAGCCGCCGCCGCCGCCGCCGCCGCCGCGGGGCGCCGCGAUGCAGAGGCCGGGGGAGCCGGGCGCCGCGCGCUAUGGCCCAGCCGAGGGCUGCGCGGAUCACCGGCCGCACCGUUAUCGCAGCUUCAUGAUCGAGGAGAUCCUCACUGAACCGCCGGGGCCCAAGGGCGCCGCGCCCGCCGCCGCCGCCGCCGCCGCCGCGGGCGAGCUGCUAAAGUUCGGCGUGCAGGCGCUGCUGGCGGCGCGGCCCUUCCACAGCCACCUGGCGGUGCUGAAGGCCGAGCAAGCUGCCGUGUUCAAGUUCCCGCUAGCGCCGCUCGGCUGUUCCGGGCUGGGGUCGGCGCUGCUGGCCGCGGGGCCUGGGCUGCCGGGCGCGGCGGGCGCGUCGCACCUGCCGCUGGAGCUGCAGCUCCGCGGGAAGCUGGAGGCGCCGGGCCCGGGGGAACCCGGCACCAAGGCCAAGAAGGGGCGCCGGAGCCGCACCGUAUUUACCGAAUUGCAGCUGAUGGGCCUGGAGAAACGCUUUGAAAAGCAGAAAUACCUCUCCACGCCGGACAGAAUAGAUCUUGCGGAGUCCCUGGGCCUGAGCCAGUUGCAGGUGAAGACGUGGUAUCAGAAUCGGAGAAUGAAGUGGAAGAAAAUAGUGCUGCAGGGCGGCGGCCUGGAGUCCCCCACCAAGCCCAAGGGGCGGCCCAAGAAGAACUCCAUUCCCACCAGCGAGCAGCUUACAGAGCAGGAACGCGCCAAGGAAGCGGAGAAGCCUGUGGAAGCGUCGGGGGAGCCCACCGACCGGAGCCGGGAGGACUGAGCGCGGCACAUGGUGCGGGGCUGGGAAUCCCUGCGCCGCCCUGGGCCUCUUCAGCCUGAGGGAAGCCGCGAGCCGGCGCUUCCAUAUUCAAGCCGUCUGCUCCUUAAACGUUUUAUUAAUACCUUGAAUGCGGACAGUUACGGGGCCAAGCAAGGAAGGAGACAAAACCCUGAAGCCAAACCCAGGCCCCAGCCUAGGAGCCUCGGCGUCCAGGCAGCAGAAGCUGUUCUCCGCCCGCGCGUUACUCCAGAGCACCCGGGGCGCUCCACGCGUAUUCACGCCCCGCUCCUCGCCCUCACCCCCACUCCGCCUCGGGCGGGCUCUCCUGGACGCCGCCGGGUCACACAGCCACUUCCGCGUGCCUGGGAUCCCGUGGCCCGGCGGAGGCCACCACGGCCCCAGGCGGCGCCAGGACAACCCGGCCGCUCGGCCCCAGUGCCGUGUCCUUGACGUCGCCGGGGUCCCCUACCCCCCUCUUGCGAAGGCGGUGACUUUUUUUCCAAUAAAA